UCCGGCAGCAUGUCUGGGUGGGCGCUGAGCCUUUUGGCGCUGCUGGGCAGCUGGAGCUUGAGCGACUGGGUGGCGGAAGCGUGCACCUGCGUCCCCAUUCACCCCCAAGAUGCUUUCUGCAAUUCGGACAUUGUUAUCCGAGCUAAAGUGGUGGGCAAGAAGCUUAUGAAAGAUGGACCUUUUGGAACAAUGCGAUAUACUGUAAAACAAAUGAAGAUGUACAGAGGUUUUGAAAAGAUGCCGCACGUUCAGUACAUCUACACAGAGGCCUCUGAAAGUCUUUGUGGGGUCAAGCUUGAAGUCAACAAAUACCAGUAUAUGAUUACAGGCCGAGUAUAUGAUGGAAAGGUUUACACUGGGCUGUGCAACUUAAACGAGAAAUGGGAUCAACUGACCCUAGCCCAACGCAAAGGACUGAACCAUCGUUAUAACCAAGGCUGUGGCUGCAAGAUUAAGCCUUGCUACUACCUUCCCUGUUUUGUGACCUCCAAGAACGAAUGCUUGUGGACGGACAUGCUCUCCAACUUCGGCCUUUCAGGGUCCCAGUCAAAGUAUUUUGCCUGCAUCCAGCAGAAGGAAGGUUAUUGCAGCUGGUACAGAGCGUGGGCACCUCCUGAUAAGACCAUCAUCAAUGCGACAGACCCCUGAACACUCAACCCUUUUUCUUGUUUCUUCUGUCCCUUGUGGCUGAGCGUUCUUUGGACACUAACUUGUUAUCAGAUCAUGAUGAAAACUAUGAUAUUAGUGCCUGUUUCUUGCAAAUUUUAGCACUUCAAACUUUUUUUAAAAAAAACUUUGCUGUCUUAAUUGAUUAUUUGUUGUUUUAAAUCACUUUUUAAAAAAAGAAUUGCUAUCACCCGUUUUGUUCAGAAGACGUUUGUCUGGGGAUUUGUGUUUACUCACCAGAUAAAUAAGGGAGUAUUUGCUCUCAGUUAUAUAUCAUUAUCUAUAUAGCAAUACAAUCUAUAUUUUUGUAGGAAAACAAAAAUCUCAAAAAUUUCCUAGCUGGGUUUUGAAUCACAGUUCCAGCCCCUCUCUUCUUGCUUCCUAAACUGCUUCUCCAUGUGUUCAGCAGGUAGACAAAAUGAAACCAGUCAGGAAUAAAAAUUUGAGAUUAAGCCACAUGCCUGAGGGGGGACGAGAAAGUUAUGAUGUUUGUACUGGAUGGAGCAGUGGGAGAAUCCAGUUGUCAUGUACAUUAGAAGCACCAUAUCAAAAUGCCUGCCAUGUGCCAAAUGCGUUCCAUGGUAGCUCUGGAUUUGCACAGAGCAUAAACAAUAGCUUUUUAAAAACCAGCUCCAAUUAAUGCAGUCUCUCUUCUAGUUGCAAACAAGAAGACCUGUUGAGAACCAAAUCAGCUCUACACCUUUUGUGUUUUGGUCUGGCGGCAGAGUUGCCUUUUUAACAUCUAGAAAAACUCAAAUAAAUGUAAACAAAUUAAUGCAAAAUAAAAGAAACAUACAGAUAUCUGGAUAAGGGGACAGGGAGAGCACCAGAGAAAGGGGACAAAAGAUGACAGUUAGGGCUAAGAAAUUAGCUGCCAAAAUAGUGUUUUACUGAACUAAGAUGUAUAUAGAUGUGAUUACAUAAGCUAUUUUUGACAGGACAUGGAACUGUUUCAUGCUAUAAGCAAUGAAAGGGUUGAUUCUUUUGCUUUAAAGGAGCGAUCAUACAUUCCAAGUCAAUGCUUAUUCUUUUAUUGUUGUUUAAUUCUAAAAGAUGUUGGAAUGUCAAUGUCUCUACACUAGUGAUAAUCAUCUGUGUUUAUUCGCCACACUAUGUGUUUCCCUUCCCCCCACUCUACUUUCAGUCACACAACUGUUUUUGAGAUUGAAGGGUCACCAUGCUAAUGACAAUGCCCCUGUCAAUAUUCACGUGAUGA